AUGCCUGCACGACCAUUCUACGCCGACGCAUGCAGCAUCAACGCGGCGGCGGCAGUCAGGCGGUACGACGUCAACCCUCGGCUCGACUAUCGCACCGUCUCGGCUGUCAACGGUCCCCUCGUCGUCCUCGACAAUGUCAAGUUCCCGGCCUACAACGAGAUCGUCGCCAUCACUCUCCCCGACGGCACCGUUCGCGGCGGCCAAGUCCUCGAAGUGACCGGUCGCAAGGCCAUCGUGCAGGUCUUCGAGGGCACCUCCGGCAUCGACGUCAACGCGACGCACGUCGAGUUCACGGGCAGCAGCAUGAAGCUCCCCGUCUCGGAAGACAUGCUCGGACGAAUCUUCAACGGUUCCGGCCAGCCUAUCGACAAGGGUCCCAAGGUCUUUGCGGAGGACUACCUCGACAUCAACGGGUCGCCGAUCAACCCUUACUCGCGUAUCUACCCUGAAGAGAUGAUUCAGACGGGUAUCUCGACUAUCGACGUCAUGAACUCGAUUGCGCGCGGGCAGAAGAUCCCCAUCUUCUCGGCGUCGGGUCUGCCGCACAACCAGAUCGCCGCCCAGAUCUGUCGACAAGCCGGCCUCGUCAACAAAGAGUCGACAGACCGCAACCCCGAAGGCGCGCCGACCAAGGGCGUCCACGACGGCCACGAGGACAACUUCUCGAUCGUGUUCGCCGCGAUGGGUGUCAACAUGGAGACGGCGCGGUUCUUCAGGCAGGACUUUGAGGAGAACGGGUCGCUUGAUAGGGUCUCGCUCUUCCUCAACUUGGCCAACGACCCGACCAUCGAACGCAUCAUCACUCCCCGUCUUGCCCUCACCACCGCCGAAUACUUUGCCUACCAGCUCGAGAAGCACGUCCUCGUUAUCCUCACCGACAUGUCCUCGUAUGCCGACGCUCUUCGUGAGGUCUCGGCUGCGCGAGAGGAGGUACCCGGACGACGCGGCUACCCCGGAUACAUGUACACCGACUUGUCGACGAUCUACGAGCGCGCGGGACGUGUCGAGGGACGCAAUGGCAGUAUCACGCAGAUCCCUAUCUUGACGAUGCCUAACGACGACAUCACCCACCCCAUCCCCGACUUGACGGGCUACAUUACCGAAGGCCAGAUCUUCGUCGACCGCCAGCUGUACAACAAGCAGAUCUACCCUCCAAUCAACGUCUUGCCCUCGCUUUCGCGGCUGAUGAAGAGCGCUAUCGGCGAGAAGCUGACGAGGAAGGAUCACGGCGAUGUGUCGAACCAGCUGUACUCCCUGUACGCCAUCGGAAAGGACGCGGCAGCGAUGAAGGCUGUUGUCGGUGAGGAGGCGCUGAGCUCGGAGGAGAAGCUCGCCAUCGAGUUCCUCGGCCGGUUCGAGAAUGAGUUUGUCAAGCAGGGCGUCAAUGAGAACCGCUCCAUCUUCGACUCGCUCGACCUCGCAUGGAGCCUCCUCCGCCUGUUCCCACGCGAACAGCUCAACCGUAUUCCGAAGAAGGUCCUCGACGAGUUCUACUCGCGCAAGGCGAGCGUCGGCAGCCAGAUCAAGCCCUCCAGCACGGACUGA